UGUGUGUGUGUGUGUCUGGUGCCAUAAUGUUAUUCAGACUUUGAUCUUAGGAAAGUUGGAGUUAAAGUCAAAGAAUUUCUCAGUUGGUCUCAGUGUUUUGUUGGUAAUUAUCCAGAGCUACAGACAGAACAUCGCCAGAGCCAAGUGGAGAAUCGCUACCCUAAAAGGGCUGACUAUAAUGUCAGCGUACAUCUCAGUGCUUGGUGUGGCAGUGUUGCUCCUCCACCUCUGGGGGACACUUUCUUUCCCCACCACUGCCUGUCCUGUUCCCUGCUUGUGCCAGCGCGGUCCUCUCCUGAACUGCUCUACUUUGGGUCUGACUGAGAUUCCCACACGCAUACCACCAACUGCGGUUUCCUUGAACAUAUCCAAUAAUGCCCUGCGUUCUCUGGCUCCUCUCAGCUUUGGUCAUGUAAAAUUGAAGGGACUUCUGCACCUUUGGGUGGGAAGUAAUGCUCUGGAGAGCCUGUCUCUGAUUUUGAAGAAGGACCGGUCAGGCACUAGGACCCUGUCAAGUGGAGAACAGGAAUGCAUGUCCUGGGCACCUGACCUUCAGUUGCUGUCUGCUGAAAGAAACCAUCUAAAACAUCUACCAAAGGGGCUGGUCUGCAUGAAGUCUCUGCAGAUUCUUCAGCUGUCAUAUAACCAGAUAUCUAAGAUAGGUCUUACUGACCUGGACAACUGCAUUCAUUUGAAAGAGCUACAUCUCCAGCAUAACAGCAUCAUAAGCAUUCACCCACAAGCUUUUAUAGACCUAAAACAGCUGCAGGUCCUUGAUCUGAGCUAUAACCUGCUGGUCACCAUUCCUGUUCCUGCUUACCAGUCCCUACCUUGA